GAAACUCUAAAAGACGAGAGCGCGCAAAUUUUGAAUUUAUUAAUUUAUUUCAAUUAUUUUUCCUUAGUUGAAUCACCACCCAAAGUAAUAAUAUUCAUCGUCAUGUUCGAGAAGAACGGAAGAACACUGUUGGCGAAGAGGAAAACCCAAGGGACAAUCAAAACCAGGGCAUCGAAGAAGAUUCGGAAGAUGGAAGGGACAUUGGAGCGUCACUCUCUGCUUCAAUUCGGUCAAUUGUCGAAGAUUUCUUUCGAAAAUCGUCCGUCGUCGAAUGUUGCUUCAUCGGCGUUUCAGGGUCUCCUGGAUUCGGAUUCUUCGGAACUCCGAAAUCAGUUGGGUUCCGCUGAUUCAGAUGCCAAUUGCGGAGAGAAGGACUUUAUUCUUAGCCAAGACUUCUUCUGCACACCUGACUAUAUAACCCCGGACAAUCAGAACUUGAUGAGCGGCUUAGAUAUCAGCAAGGAUCAUUCUCCAUGUCCUAGGUCUCCUGUUAAACUAAAUACAGUUAAAAGCAAAAGAUGUCGCCAGGAGAGUUUCACAGGAAAUCAUUCAAAUUCUACCUGGUCUUCAAAACAUAGAGUAGAUGAACAAGAGAAUGAUGAUAUUGACACAGAUGAGGUGAUGGGGGAUAAACUCCAAGCUAAUCAAACAGAGAGGACUGGAUACGUUUCACAGGCUGCAGUUGCUCUGCGGUGUCGGGCUAUGCCACCCCCUUGCCUCAAGAAUCCGUAUGUGUUGAAUCAGUCUGAGACUGCUACUGACCCUUUUGGACAUCAGAGAUCAAAAUGUGCAAGUUUUCUCCCUGUAAGUACAAGUGGGGAUGGCUUGUCAAGAUAUCUCACGGACUUUCAUGAAAUCCGGCAAAUUGGUGCUGGACAUUUCAGUCGGGUAUUUAAGGUGUUGAAGAGAAUGGACGGUUGCCUAUAUGCUGUGAAACACAGCACAAGAAAGUUGUAUCUAGAUUCAGAGAGACGUAAAGCUAUGAUGGAAGUGCAAGCUCUUGCUGCUCUUGGGUUUCAUGAAAAUAUAGUAGGAUAUUACUCCUCGUGGUUUGAAAAUGAGCAAUUAUACAUUCAACUGGAACUCUGCGAUCACAGCUUGUCAGCUUUGCCUAAGAAAUCUUCUCUUAAAGUCUCAGAAAGAGAGAUCUUGGUGAUUAUGCAUCAGAUAGCAAAGGCAUUACAUUUUGUGCAUGAGAAAGGAAUAGCUCAUUUAGAUGUAAAACCUGACAAUAUUUACAUUAAGAACGGUGUUUGCAAGCUUGGUGACUUUGGUUGUGCCACACGAUUGGACAAAAGCUUACCAGUAGAAGAAGGAGAUGCACGUUACAUGCCUCAAGAAAUUCUAAAUGAAGACUACGAACACCUUGAUAAAGUCGAUAUCUUCUCUUUAGGUGUGACGGUUUAUGAGCUGAUUAAGGGAUCUCCUCUUACAGAAUCAAGAAACCAGUCGCUCAAUAUCAAAGAAGGAAAACUUCCUCUCCUUCCUGGCCAUUCGUUGCAGUUACAACAACUUCUUAAGACAAUGAUGGAUCGUGAUCCGAAGCGUCGGCCUUCUGCUAGAGAAUUACUGGACCAUCCCAUGUUUGAUAGGAUUCGAGGUUGAUUCAUAGAGUCUCUCAGAUGUCGAGAACUAAAUUUUGUAAAUUAUGGUACCAAUGAUCGGAGGAGGGUAAUGGUCCAUGGCCAUGCACCAGUUUUUUUUUUGUGGAAAACUAUUGGCGUAAAAAGAUACCAUGAUCUUGGUUUCGGUACAAAAGAUCCGGUUAACCAACAAAAACUGAACUGAAUUAAUGGCUAUUGUAUAUUUGUGGAACUGAAAUUGGGAAUUGUAUUUUCAUGUUUCAUUAUAAUCUCAAAUGCCAUUAGAUUUUUAUUGAGUUGAAACUGUUUGAAGA